GAAGGGAUUCGCCGCCCACUCCCGGAAGACGCAGCGGUCGAAUAGCAGAAUGGCACAGCGACACCCGAACCGACAUGAGGACGGUUUGACAGUUGGGUUGUGGGUGCGGCGCUCCAUACUCGACAGGCGGAGGAGGCGCGCGCUGCUCCGUCACGACACCGGCGGUCCAACCACCCGAACUUAGUGACAUAGUGUCAAGGGACGCAUUUAGACGAGACACGAACAGAACGGGCUCUGCUUUUGUUCCACUUCGAUGUUCUUUUCCUCUUUGCUAUGUUUGUACCAUAGUAGCUCUCCCAGACAUUUCACUACCUCACCGACAAACAGGAAGCAAGUGCGUGGGGCUGUCAAAUGCCACUUCCUCGACCGCCAGAUGGUCUCCUCCUCUGCUAUAAGCGCCUGUUCCUAUUCGACCGUCAUGUUCUACAUCUGCGUCGUCUUCUUCGGCUUGUUUACUGCCAGACAAGACGGCAGGACAACUCAAAAAGGACACGUCCAUUUGCAAAGGGCUUCCAGGAGUGGGAAGGCACAUGAGAAGCACAGAUAUAUAUAAGAUGCAGCACACCUGCGAAGCUCUAACAACUACAGACCUCGCCAGCUGACCUCAACCUCUUACCAAAGUUCAGGUGCCUUCGACUGACUCCUCAGCAUGUUGCUCAGGAGAAAGACCGAUGUCCAGGCGAGGAGCGGGCUGCCUGCAUCUCUGGAUCUCGUCCUUGUCCUCGUGCUCCUCCUGUUCUCCUCCUGCAGCCUCAGCGGCGCACACAGGACCACGGUGGAACAUGACUUUCACAUUGUGCACAACGUCGACAACAGAAGUCCAGAGAUCGACCCCUUCUGGUACGUGGGCCGCGGCGUGAGACCCAUCGGGCGCUUUGGGAAGCGACACAGCAGCGUUGAGGUAAUGGGUGAUGUGCCUGUUGUCAGGAUGCUGGAGCUGCUCUUCAACAGUCUACGGAACAAAGAGAACCUGGACAAAGUGCUGCAGGGAGAGGAUAGGGACUGGCUACCAUGACAACGUGCAUCGCUCCCUUGCAUCAAAACCAAAAAACUCUUUGCUUUGCUUUUUACAACGCUCUCAUUCUGUGUUUCUCUGGUGAGUGUUAAUAAAAUCA